GUUCUGUGUUGUGUCUCUACUCUGCCUUCUUAGAGCGGCACUCCCUGCCCCACUAGGGCAAAAGAGCGUGGUGUCAAUUGAAACAUGGUGAAGGUAGCGGUCGGCCAAAUGACUUCUACUUCGAGCAAGCUGCAAAACUAUCAGGUCUGUGCUAGGCUAGCAAAAGAGGCACGAGAGGCGGGCGCCUCGUUUCUUGCGUUGCCGGAAUGCUUCAAUUUCAUCGGGGAACACUGGCGGGAAGCUGUCGAGGCGGCGGAACCUCUGACCGGACCUUCCAUGAAUCGAUACUGCAGCCUCGCGAGGGAACAUGGCAUGUGGCUGUCGCUUGGGGGGUUCCAAGAGAGCGUGCCACCGGAACCGGUGUCUCCCGCCCGCCACACAGCAUCCACGGAAGAGGCACAAGAAUCACGGCAACCCGUUCCUGCUGCUGAAAGCCACCGGAGCAAGGUGUUCAACACUCACGUCGUCAUUUCCGAGAACGGCGACAUCCGGGCGGCAUACCGAAAAAUACACCUGUUCGAUGUCGAUAUCCCCGGUGGCCCGGUUCUCAUGGAAUCUCGAUAUACUCAAGCGGGCCGUGAAAUGUCGGUUUGCGACGACUCUCCGGCUGGCAGCUUGGGGCUGUCGACCUGCUACGACCUGAGGUUCCCAGAGAUGUACACCUGCCUCGGUAUGGCUUCCCAGGUCGUGCUAGUUCCAAGCGCCUUCACCGUUCCCACAGGCGAGGCCCACUGGGAGACCCUCCUACGGGCUAGGGCUAUCGAAACACAAGCUUACGUCAUAGCUUCCGCCCAGGUGGGCCAGCACAACGAGAAACGGGCGUCCUACGGACACUCGCUCAUCGUGGAUCCAUGGGGAAAGGUUUUGGCGGAUGCGGGGAGCGAAGAGUCCCCAUGUAUCCGCACAGUGGAGAUAGACCUGCCUAAGGUCGACGAGGUUCGAAGAGGCAUGCCGAUUCAAGAGCAUCGACGGGCCGCGGGCCCGCUGUUCGCCCAACAACUGCUGGGAGAUUUCGCCGACUUGAGACAGCCGGCCUUGUAG